AUGACCACUUCUGCCGAUAUGCAACAGGCGCUUAUGGCGAAUCGGUUGAAAACCGUAGCCAUGGGCUACAUGGGAGGUCCUGUGUGCGUCAUUGGAAUCGUCACAAGUGCCCUUAGUCUCAUUCUCUUCAAACGCGACACCUCAACAACUCUUAGCACUCGUGUCCUCCUCUCAGCUAUCGCGGUGGUGGAUAUAUUCUUCCUCUUUUUUAUGUUUCUUUUAUGGUGUGUCAGACGCUUUCUUCCUCAAGAUUCACUAGCAUUCCGGCAGUUUGACAGUCCCCUAGUCUUCGGAUUCAUCUUCUAUAUGAGUAACGUUUUUGAGCUUUAUCGCAACUGGCUGGUGGUGGUGAUUGCUGUUGAGCGACUCCUCUACUUCCUUAAGCCUAUCGAAUUCAAGGUGUUAUGGAGUGUUAAAAAAGUCGCAGCUAUCCUCAUCUUCCUGUGCCUCUUUUCUUGCUUCAUUCGCAUUCCCGUACUCAUUUAUGGGAUCGCUAAAAAGUCCUCCAAACUCGAUGACUCGGUCACCAAAUUAACCCGAUUGAUCCACUCGCUGAUAGACUGUGUUGUUCUAACCCUUGCACCAGUCACCUUAAUGGUCACUUUGUCUGUAGCCACAACAUUGCGAAUUAAUGCAGUAGUUAAGACCAAACUGCGUCUAGUAAAUAGUAACUUCAGUCAGCAGCGCCGACUAUCUCAAUCACCUCAACGCCUCCUUCAAGCACACGAUCAGUUGAACCCCUUCCAGAAGCAAGAAGAUGGUCCUUCGCGAAAACAUUACCGUAUCGUGAAAAUUUUACACGCCGUCCUAAUUACCUUCAUAAUAUGCUCUACACCUUCCAUUCCUGCUUCAAUUAUGCACUUCUAUACUGUCUUUCAUGAGAUUGAGGGUGGACGAAUAAACUACGUUUCGGAGGUGCUUACAGUGAUUGCCAAUUUUGGUUCGCUGGUCAACUCAACCUCCAAUUUCUUCGUCUACGUCGCGCAGAGUAAGCGCUACCGCUACAUACUAGCCAAGAUCCUCAUGCUUGAUCGGUGUUUCGCCUCACUGCAUCGAGAGCCAAGCAGUACGCAGGAGACUUGCUGCAACUUGCAAGAGGAUGGAAAAACGCAGUAA